UUUAAACAAUAAAAUUUGAAUUUUACUUAAUAGUUUAUAAUUUAUUGAGUUAAUUUCUGUUUGUUACAAAAUUUAAUGUCAUAUAUAAAUGAUUAUAAUGUUAAUCGUGUUAAUUAUUAAAAAACAAAGUGUUACAAACUAACCUCCAGUGUUGAAAAAUGUCUGCGGAGUAAAAACUGAAAAUUGUCAUAUCUAUUGACAGGAAAAUAAAAUAAAGAUGAAUAUCGUUCGUAUAAAUGGAAAAAAUGUUAUUUUUAUUAUUCUUUCAUUGAUAUUUAACUCAGUCAAAGAAGUUCAUAUGGGAUAUGAGGGUAUGAUGAGUUACGCUUUUACAAAUGUUACACCAGCUAAUAACAAUAAAAAACAGGAUGAUCUUUAUGGUUUGUGUCCAGUCGGAAAAUCAUGUUCAGAAAUGGGAGGUGAUUGUUUGAACUGUGAUCUUGAUCCUCAUUGUGAUUAUGGAUCAAUGUAUACUAUCAAUUGUACUGUUCCUGAUUCAGUAGAUUGUGUGGGAGAAAGAUCAUUUACUAAACAAUACAUGUGUAGGUAUUGUUACCAAACUGAUCAUUGGGAACACAAGUGUCAUUUAAAAAAUUCAUGUAAUUCCGUUGCUUCACCUCCGCAAUAUUACAGAACGAAUUGUACAGUAAAUAGUGACAUAAUAUGCUUAGGAAGACGAAAAUUUAUGAAAAAUUUGCGUUGUAAUUGGACUGGGGGAUACAAAUGGUCGACGGCAUUAAUUUUAAGUAUAACACUAGGUGGUUUUGGUGCUGACAGAUUUUACUUGGGACAUUGGCAAGAAGGUAUCGGGAAAUUGUUCAGCUUUGGUGGUCUAGGUGUAUGGACACUCAUAGACGUCAUGUUAAUUUCCAUGAGAUAUUUAGGACCCGCAGAUGGUUCUCUGUAUAUUUAAUUUAAAAAUACUAAUUGCGCUCAGUGAUUUGUUCGUUAAUGAGGAGUAAAACCAAACAUUAUUUAUUUAUUGUAUUUAUAAUUAUUUCAUAUUUGUUAAUUCAUAUUAUAUAUUUUUUAUUCUUUAUUAUUAUGAUUAAUAUUAAUUAUAGAUUAUAAUAAAAAUGUCAUAUAUAUACAUA